AUGGCGCCGCCAACAAUACAACGAAAGCGCAAAGCUGUUACCCGAGAUGUACCUGAGAUAUCUGAUGUUGAGUCUGAAGCAGAAUUUGGUGAUGGAAUUCUAGAAGGAAUCUUGUCGCAAAGCGAAGAUGAAUCCGACGACAGCGCGGCAGAGGAGGAUAGUGAAGACGAAGAAGACUUAGACGAAGACGAGCUCGAGGCGUUAGAUAGCGACGAGGUACCCUCAGAGAACGGCGGAGGAGAGGAAUCCGAGGCAAGGGCUGCCCUCAGCAAAAUCAACAUUGGCGAAGACAAUGAGAAGCCAAACUAUACUGUAGUUGAGGACGCCAAUGGAGGAGAACGUUACGUUUACGAGGAGAUAGACCCCGUUUACGACUCGGAUGAUUCCGAUGCUCAAGAGCCAAUUAACACCAUCGGAAAUAUCCCAUUGUCUUUCUAUGAUUCUUACCCUCAUAUUGGAUAUAAUAUCAAUGGAAAGAAAAUUAUGCGACCUGCGAAAGGGGAAGCUCUUGAUGCAUUGUUGGACAGUAUCGAUAUACCCAAGGGAUGGACAGGUCUUACGGAUCCUGCUACAGGCAAGCCUCUCAACUUGACUCAAGAUGAAUUGGAGGUCUUGCGCAGAAUACAAACAAAUGAGACUCCUGAAGAUGGUUACGACCCAUAUCCUGAUUAUGUUCCAUAUUUCAGCGGUAUCGAGGAGAUUAUGCCUUUGAGCUCAGCUCCUGAGCCCAAACGACGUUUCUUGCCAUCCAAGCAUGAAGCAAAACGAGUUAUGAAGAUAGUCCGAGCCAUUCGAGAAGGUAGAAUCUUGCCAUAUCGACCACCUGAGGAGCGCGAAGACGAUGAGGAGGAAGAACAUCAUUACGAUAUAUGGCAGAACGAGGAGGCUCAACCAGAUCAUAUCAUGAAACUCCCAGCUCCAAAACCACCUCCACCCGGAUACGAUCUAAGUUACAACCCACCUCCUGAGUAUCUUCCAUCUAAAGCAGAGAGAAAGGAAUGGGAAACUACAGAUCCUGAGGAUAGAGAAAAGGAGUAUCUACCAACUGCGUAUGAUUCUUUACGAAAGGUGCCAGGAUAUGAUAAGUUUAUUAAUGAGAGGUUCGAACGUUCGCUUGAUCUGUAUUUGGCACCGCGAGUUCGCAAAAAUAGGCUAAACAUUGAUCCCGCUUCUUUACUUCCAAAGCUACCAAAGCCUGAAGAACUUAAGCCUUUCCCAACUGUCACGCAGACACUAUUCCGUGGUCAUGAUGGUAGGGUACGAAGCUUGGCUAUCGAUCCAUCUGGAACAUGGUUAGCUACCGGUGGUGAUGAUGGUACUGUCCGUGUUUGGGAACUUCUAACAGGAAAACAACUCUGGAGCGCACAAAUAGGAGACGAGGAGGCAGUUAAUGUUGUUAGGUGGCGCCCAGCGAAAGACGCUAUCAUACUUUCGGCUGCAGCUGGAGAGGAUAUAUUCCUUAUGGUACCCACCGUAAUCGAUCCUGUUGCUGAAAGCAACAGCCGAGAGCUGUUGGAUGCUGGAUUUGGUUAUGCAACAAAUGCCACUCAAGCACUCACAGCAAACGGGCAAAAGAAAGAACCAGUCGCAACCUGGGCUCGUCCUAGCUCGCGUCUACAAGAUGAAGGCGUACUAAUUAAGAUCACGGUGAGAUCUACAGUCAAAGUCAUUACCUGGCACCGAAGAGGUGACUUCUUCUCCUCUGUAUCUCCUACCGCUCAAAAGUCCGCCGUCGCGAUCCACACUCUCUCGAAACAUCUCACACAAAUUCCCUUCAGACGUCUUCCCGGUAUCGCCCAAACUGCUCAAUUCCAUCCCUCUCGACCCAUUUUCUUCGUUGCCACUCAACGCACAAUUCGCAGUUACGACUUACAAAAACAAGAAUUGGUAAAGAUCAUUCAACCCGGUGCUCGCUGGAUUUCUUCCUUCGAUAUUCACCCUGGAGGCGACAAUCUCAUUGUUGGUUCUUAUGAUCGUCGCCUCUUGUGGCAUGAUCUCGAUCUCUCCACUCGACCAUACAAGACUUUGCGAUUCCACAACAAAGCUAUCCGAGCUGUCAAGUUUCAUAAAGGUGGUCUUCCAUUGUUUGCGGAUGCUAGUGAUGAUGGAAGUUUGCAAAUUUUCCACGGAAAGGUUGUAAGUGAUGCUAUGGAGAAUGCUACUAUCGUACCGGUGAAGGUUUUGAAGGGACACAAGGUCAAGAGCGCUUUGGGUGUCAUGGAUUUGGACUGGCAUCCAAAGGAGCCUUGGCUUGUCAGUGCUGGUGCGGAUGGUACAUGUAGACUGUGGACUUAA